CCACCUCAGCAACCUCAACAACAGCAGCAACCUCGACAACAACCACCACGACCCCAGCAGCAGCAACGCGACAGACAGCAGGCUCGCGUCUUUGCAGUUGAUCAGAGAGAGGCCGACCAGCACCGAGGUACCAUGUCUGGGAUAAUUAUUCUUAAUGAUGUGCCUGUUUAUGCCUUAUUUGACACCGGAGCGACCCAUUCUUUUAUAUCACACCGAUGUCUUGAAGCUAUAGGAGUUCAUUUUCUUACUACUGUCGAUCCUCUCGAGGUGAGUUUAGCCUUGGGACGAAAGAUAGUGACUGACGCCGGAGCCACCGAUCUCAGCCUUUCCAUCGGCGGCCGUAUUUUGACUUCUGAUGCUUAUGUUAUCGAGAUGAGGGAUUUUGACCUCAUACUCGGUAUGGAUUGGCUAACACGUUUUCACGCAGAUAUCCAAUGUCAUGACCGGGAGAUUACUCUUUAUCUUCCGAGAGAUGAUCAGAUCACUUAUUUCGGCUCCAGGACUCGUACUCUGCCCCAUAUUAUUUCUAUGGCGAAAGCCAGGAGGAUUCUUCGACAGG